AUGUCGCCACCAUACAGUAACAACUUCAAGGCCCGCCGAAACCCCUUUGACAACGACCGAGGAUCCGCGUUGAAUCAUGUGCUACGCUCCGUGAAGCGGCUCGUCUCGCGCGCCGUGUCUUCGGCGUAUACCUUUUCCCGCGGCAACGGCGCGAAGAUGGCAGCCGGCUUCGUCACCAGGACGGUGUGGCAUGUGCGGAGGAACCUAACGAGGAGGAGGCUGCUGAGCUUCCCCCAUUUAAUCGUGCUCCUAUGGCUGCUUGUACUACUGCGAGGUGAGAGGUGGCUGUUUCACUGGAAGGUGGAGCAAUGUAAAUGGCACAAGUGGGAAGACUGGCCCAAAGAUGCGAAUCCUCACCACCUCAUCUUCGUCGCCGACCCCCAGCUCAUCGACCCCAAAUCCUACCCCAGCCGCCCCUGGCCCAUCUCCGACCUCACCCCCCUCGUCGUCGACAACUAUAUCCGCCGAUCCUACAACGAGCUCCAAGGCCAACUACGCCCCGACUCCCUAUUCUUCCUCGGCGACCUGUUCGACGGCGGCCGCGAGUGGAAGACGGCAAACGGCGACUUCAACGAAGCGAGCUGGGCCCGGCCUUACCCGGCGAACGAGAAAAAGUACGCCAAGAUGUGGAAGAAGAAGUACGGGCAUGACUACUGGCUGGAGGAAUAUAAGCGGUUUAGCAACAUCUUUUUUAAGCCCUACCACGAAGAGGGAGGCCAACAUGGGGCGGGAAAGAAGGGGAGGAAACUUGUGGCGAGCUUGCCGGGGAACCAUGAUUUGGGAUUCGGUUCAAUGAUCAAGGUGCCUGUGAGGGAUCGGUUUAGCGCCUUUUUUGGCGAGCCGAACCGCGUCGAUGUCGUGGGGAACCACACCAUUGUCUCGGUGGAUACUGUGUCUCUGAGUGCGGGCACCUCGGAGCAAGCCCGGACGGAGAAUCUUAAGCACAUCUACGGCCCCGCCGACGAGUUCCUCAAGGAGGUCCAGAGCCUCAAGAGGAAAGCCGUGCUCGACCAGUUGAGAUUCCUACGCGGUGACAACGUCGAGUCGCAACUGAACAACAACGUACUCGACGCCUCGAAGCUCACCGACGCGGACUUUGCUGACCCCAAGGAAGACAAGAAUGCCAACGUCGCCGACUUCCCUACGAUCCUUCUAACCCACGUGCCUCUCUACCGCGAUCCGGGAACGCCCUGCGGACCGAUGAGGGAGCGCUGGCCGCCCAGCAAGCCCGUGCCCACGGAUGCAGCUGGCCGCGUGGUCGACCACCGGAACGCCAUCUCCGUGUCGGCUGGCUACCAGUACCAGAACGUGCUUAGUGAGGAGGACUCGGUGAAGAUCGUCAGCAGCGUCGGGAACGUGAAGCGCGUGUUCUCGGGCGAUGAUCAUGACUACUGCGAGCUGACGCACUCCGGCGCCAAGAACAACGCUGUUGAAAUCACCGUCAAGAGCAUCAGCAUGGCCAUGGGCAUCCCCACCCCCGGCUUCGUCAUGGUCAGUAUGUGGAACCCCAUCGACGAGAGCGGCAAAUCUCUGCGUGGCGGUGAGCCCACGAUGCAGACUCAUCUCUGCCUCCUGCCGAACCAAUUCCGGACGUUUGUCGGGUACGGCUUCUUCGUCAUCGUUUCUCUAUCUCUCAUCAGCAUCCGGGCCUUCCUCGUUUCCUUCCUCGGUCUCCCGGCCUUUGCUCACUCACUCAACCCCUCUUCCGGUCCGUCACCAUCAUCAUCUUCCUCUUCUUAUCUUCCGGUCUACAAAGAAAAACGCCACGACGAAGACCCCCCAACCUACUCCUCCUCAUCCAACUCCUCCUACCCCAACCGCCUCUCCUCCCUCUCAGCCUCGCGCACCCGCAACCCCGUCUCCUCAGCCGACCUCGCCCGCGAUCCCACAACCACAACCUCCUCCUCAUCCACUUCAUCCACAUCGUCAUCCACCCCCUCCGCAUGGAAAUCCAAGCGCAAAUCCUCCAAAUUCGCCUCGUCCUCUUCCUCCCGCUGGGGCUGGGGCGGAGGCGGCCACAAACAGCUCCGCAUCCAGAUCAACAACGACUUUUACGACAGCGGCAAGUCGAGGAGUCUGUGGCGCGCGGCGUCGGGGAGGAGGAGGAGUGUGGAGUUGAAGGUCGUGGUGAGGGAGUUUGUGGCCAUGGCUUGGAGGGUUGUUUGGAUGGCCGGGUUGAUUUGGGCGUAUCUUAAUUGGCGGGGGUGA